UCUUACACUGCGUAUUAAUUCUGAAUCUAUCUUAUUCACGGGCUUAUGUUCAAGCUCAUUACUGAUGACCUUCACUUGAAAAAAUAUUUCGGACAAUUUUCAGAAAUUUUCGGAAAUAUUAUUUACGAAUUCAUGUAUAGUAUUCGAGACUAUCCAGUUUUGAUCCGGUCAAACAGCAAAUGGCACGGAGAGGCGUGUUCAGAAGCAAGUUAUUUUUUCUUUAACUUUCAAAGCAAACGAAAAGUGUUGAGAGGUACUCUCACAGACUCAUCUUAAAAAACAAUUAUCACUAAAUUUACCACUGGAAGUAAUUUCAAAAUAGCCACUUGUUUGAGUUAUACCUUUUCGAGUUCAAUACCUACUUGACUUAACUAAUGUGAAACAUUUGAAAGGAAUUACGGGAAAAAAUAAAACUCGAAUUGAAAAUAUAAAAUCCCUGAGUUGAUGUUAGAGAAUUAGUUUAUAUUAGUCCUUUAAAGAUUGUCAUAGAGGUAGAUUUAAGUCAGAAGAGGAACAAAAGAAUUGGACGAGUUAUCCUAGAAAUGCAUGCAAAUCGUUUUAGUUGACAUUAAUUUUAGCUCAUUUUGCUUGCCUACAAUAGGUCAUUUUCGUUCGCAAUCAGUGCCAUUCCUUUCUAUAAUCGCCUAUUCCAACUCCUCUUGUUCCUUCUAUUUUGUGAUUUCCGGGCAUAUUAGAAGCCGCUUUCACGUUACAAUUAACAGUUAAGGUAAUUAAUGUGCGACAACUAGUUAUUGCUGCAAUUCAUGCGCGAGAAAAUCUUAAGUGGAAACACAUGAACACCAGCGUGGAGCCAGUCAAUCAAAGCCUCCAAAACCUCUAAAAUCCAACAUAUUGAUCCAAACGGUACAGUUGAUCUUCAAAAGUCAUCCAACUCAACAAAUCAAGUUUGUCAGCAAUUUUUUUCAAACUCUAGAAAAAUGGCAAGCACCGAUGGCGACAUAGUCCCUCUGGAGGUUAGUUUCAUCACCACUAUCAUCAUCAACACCAUCACUUGUCCUUUCGUAGUUCUGCUCAACGUACAGGUGAUAAUCGCAGUGAAAACAAGACCUCGACUCCAAACCAACAGCAACAUCUUGCUGGCCUGUUUAGCGGUGACUGACGCAUUAACUGGUCUCUUGGGCCAACCGUCAUAUAUCCUGUGGACAAUAUUCCAAUUAUCAGGUCUCAGUAGCAGCAAAACAGUUGGAAGGUUUCAUUUCAAUGUUACACUUACAUUUGCAGUGGCUUCAUGCCUUCAUCUGAUUUUGGUUACUUUCGAGAGGCUUACUGCGAUCAAAUUUACAGUGCACUACCCAAACAUUGUCACUGGUAAUAACAUGAUGAUAGCAGUGAUAGUUGUUUGGAUCAUUGCUUUCAUAUGUAAUAUUUGUCAGGCGUUAAAGCUUUAUCUAGCAUUGUAUUACAUGGUAGGCCUUAUCGGUAUUUCGUGUAUCCUUUUCGUUGCCUUCACAUACAUGAUUUUGUAUCAUGAAACACGUCGUCACCAAAGGAAGAUAAAAGCACAACAAGUGCCUCAAGAAGAGGUGGAAAGAUUUACCAAAGAGAACAAGGCUCUUCAGACAACUGUGCUUGUUGUUGGUGGUGUUAUCAUCUGCCUUCUUCCAGUUUGUUUUUGUCUCAUCGUUGUAGCUACAGGCCUUUAUAGCUUUUGCCCUAUCAACGGAUCAAUGUGGCAAACUUGUAGCAUGUUAAACUCGCUUGUUAAUCCACUGAUCUACUGCUGGAGACAAAAAGCAAUAAGGAAGCUCGUGUUUACACACUGUAGAAGAAGAACCCAGGUCGUGCAGCCAGCCACCCAAUGAAGAGGGGGAAUAUCACAGAGGGAAUGAAAAAAGAAACUGCUUAGUUUUUGUUUUAUUUGAGAACUACAUUUUUGAUUAGGAGAGUCGAUACUUUUACCACACGCAUAAUGUGAUUCUCGAAAGCAUUAUCUGAACUAACGGAAACGACUUUGAAAAGGAAGGUUUAUCUUUAUAUUCAGGCUCAGCUUUUUUUCGCAGACAAAGCUACCUUUAAUGAUUCCAGUUCUUCGUUGCUCUAAGUAAGCAAUGAUUGACUUUGUUUCAGAUAAUUGAGUUGAAAUGUUUAGUUCCUUUUUAGGGGGUUAACUUGGAAAUUAGACCUUAAUUUUGUGGACGAAGUAAUUCGCAUUUUGUUUUCCUGAAACUUGAGGCAACUAUGUUUAAUAAUACAUGUACAUAUGAUUAUAAAAGUGAUUACUUUACUUUA